AUGGAAGUUCAAAACGAAAUAGAUUUGAUUCAUCUGUGCGAACGAAGUCCAGAGCUUGCAAACAGCAUUGCUGCAGAUGUAUCUAUACAUCCUGAUGUAUACAGGAAGACCCUCCGGAGCAUUCCAUGUGCGCUGUUUUCUAGUAGAGCAUUGAAUAGUAAGAACAUCAAUAAGAUAGUCGCCGUUGAGGGAACGGUGAUCAAGGUUUAUGAGACUCUUAUAAGAAACGUGUCUAACGAGAUGGUUUGCCUCAAGUGCAAUUCAAAAACAUAUGCAAGGCUGUCUGGGAAUAAAAAGCAAAAAACAUCCUGCGAUUCAUGCGGAUCCUCUGUUGUCAAGGACAAAAGAAGCUUUGGUGAGCCUAUACCUAGCCAGAGAAUAAGACUGCAGGACAUUGGAAAUCCGGAGUCAAUGUCUGAGACAUUGGAGGUUGUUCUUGAGGAGGAGCUUGCCGGCAAGUUUUAUCCUGGAGACAAGCUGCUGAUAACUGGAGUGAUGCUUACCAAAUGGAAAGCAUUCAAAGCAGGAGAGCAAAUGCUUGGAUCGAUUUAUAUGCAUGCAUUGGAUGUGUACAAACAUAACGAAGAGCCUAUGAAUGAUUUGUUCAGCAGAAGCUGCAUUUCCAAAUUGGAAGAGCUUGAUCGUUUUGAAAGACGACUGUUUUUGAUAAGGUCGUUUGCUGAGGAGAUUGAAGGAUUUGAGAAUGUCAAGCUGGGGCUGCUUCUAGCAUUGAUCAGUGGUGGCGGAAAGCCUGACGGCAAAUUUACACGCAGCAACACGCAUGUUCUUCUGGUGGGAGAUGCAGGAAUGGGCAAGUCACACUUGUUGAAGGCAUGCAUUCGUCUUGGAUCGCCUGCUGUUCUUACCAACGGAACAGGAACAACUCAAGCAGGCCUUACUACCUGUGCAUCCAAGCAAGGGAAGGAAUGGACACUGGAAGCAGGUGCUCUGGUGCUUGCAGACACAGGCAUAUGCUGUAUCGAUGAGUUCAACAAGCUGAGGCUGAACGAGAAGAAUGGGCUGCUUGAAGCAAUGGAGCAGCAAACACUCAGCAUAGCAAAGGCAGGCAUGGUAUCAUCGUUGAACACAAGGUGUUCUGUUAUUGCAUCAGCAGGCACAAAAUAUCGAUACGAUCUGAACAAGAGUGUUUCUGAAAACACAAUGAUCACAACACCACUGAUCAGUAGAUUUGAUCUGAUUUUUGGAAUGCUUGAUGAUAAAAACGAAGAAUGCGACAUACUUGUUGCAGAAAAGAUCCUGAGUAGAAAAGCCGGCUCAGAUGGCAUGGAGAAAGGUGAGGCAACUUAUUGGAGCGGAACAGUACUUCGCAACUACAUAUCAAUGGUCAGAAAACGAAAUAAUGUGGUUUCUGAGGAUCUGAAUGAAAUUCUGCUUGGAUAUUAUCACUACAAACGAAGGUCUCAUGGAAUUAAUGAAUUCAACACGAUUAGGAUGCUGGAGAGUCUUGUUCGACUUACAGAAGCACAUUCAAAGCUUAUGAACUCUGAAUGCACAUCCGAGGACGAUGCAUAUGCAGUGAUUCUUCUAUUGGAGACAUCACUGGGCUCAAAGCCUCUUGCACAUAUCAACAUAAAGAAGAUGUUUAUGGACGAAACUUGCUACAACAAUGCGGUUUGUAUAGUCAAAGAAAUCAUCGCAAGAGAUCGAAAAGCAAGGCAUACAAAGUAA